UCCUCUUUGUACCUUGAACCUCCCAAACGCCUUCUCUUGUCUUUAUGUUUCAUGGAAGCAUAGGAGCCCUUUCACCUUCCACCCCCGUGUCUAUAUUUUUAAAGGGCUCCUAUUGCUCCAUCUUCUUAUCUUCCUCAAAAGCUGAAUAAGUGAAUCACUGAGUUGAGUGUUGCAUAAUAUUGGAAGAUGGGAGAGAUGUCGAGCUUCCAAUUGGGUGUUAUUGGCGCCCUGUUUCUCUCUGUGGCCUCCUCUGUUUCCAUUGUCAUCUGCAACAAAGCUCUCAUGAGCAAUCUCGGGUUCCCUUUUGCCACAACGCUUACGAGCUGGCAUCUGAUGGUCACAUUUUGCACCCUUCAUGUGGCUCAUCGCCUCAACUUCUUCGAGAGCAAGCCCAUUGAUAUGAAGACCGUCACGCUUUUUGGCAUUCUAAAUGGAAUCUCCAUUGGCUUUCUUAACUUGAGCCUCGGUUUCAAUUCCAUUGGCUUCUAUCAGAUGACAAAGCUUGCAAUCAUACCAUUCACCGUAUUGCUAGAAACUCUUUUCCUCAAGAAGCAAUUCAGCCAGAAAAUAAAGCUCUCUCUCUUCCUCUUGCUAGUUGGAGUUGGCAUUGCCUCUGUCACAGACCUUCAACUCAAUUUUGUUGGAACUAUUCUUUCCCUUCUAGCUAUCAUCACCACUUGUGUCAGCCAAAUUCUUACCAACACAAUACAGAAGAAGCUUAAUGUGUCUUCCACGCAACUGCUCUAUCAAUCUGCUCCAUUCCAAGCAGCAAUUCUUUUCGUUACAGGCCCUCUGGUGGAUCAGAUGCUCACCAAACAAAGCGUGUUUUCCUACAAAUACUCUCCUAUAGUCUUGGCAUUCAUCAUCCUGUCCUGCUUGAUAGCUGUUUCUGUCAACUUCAGCACUUUUCUAGUGAUUGGGAAAACAUCUCCUGUAACUUAUCAAGUGUUGGGUCACCUCAAAACUUGCCUUGUUCUAACGUUUGGCUACACAUUGCUCCAUGACCCCUUCACUGAGAGGAACAUUAUUGGAAUACUCGUUGCCAUCUUUGGCAUGGGCUUGUAUUCUUAUUUCUGCACCCAGGAGAACAAAAAGAAACAGUUAGGCGAUCAUCCAAUAGCAUCUCAGGUUAAAGACAAAGAUCAUAGCGCACCACUUUUGGCUGGAAAAAACACGGGCCACCAAGACAAGGAAAGUCCUGAUAAGAAACCGAGCAAGGAUUCUCUUGUUUAGGAACAUAGGCCCUUCCUGAUUUAUAAUUUCUUAUUCAUAUGGACGUUUUAUCCAGUCUUCGAUCAUGAAAACGAAGAGUGUAAAUCAAUUUUUGUAUUAAUAACAAGUUCUCUGGUGUAAGUCAAUGCAUUUCCAUUAACAACGA